AUGGAGAGCGCCGCGUCCUCCAAGGUGGAUCGCAAGAUACGUGCCCGGCAGGUCUGGCGAUUCACCAGCCGCAUUGGAACCAACAGCGAGCAGCACCCAGGCGUGGAUCAUCUCAUUCAGAAAUGCGACCCGGGACACGUCGUCUUGAACCAUCUUGGCUGGCGCGACGAUGGUGAGGAGGACGAAGAGGAGUGGCUCAAGUCAUGGGCCGACAAAAAGGGCGUCUUUGUGACGUGGCUCAAGAACAACAUCAAGAAGUGGCGGCAGGAAUACGACAAGGAGCAGCAGCAUCCCGACGACGCGGGUGCAUCGGUCGAGGCGCUGCCGGCAAACGACGAGGAAGCGCAUCCCGUCGUCGUCGUCGUCGACAGGGAGACCAUCACGGCGGCCGGCAGCGACCUUGCUUCGGCUGCCGGUGAGACGGGUUCCCGGCCAGCCAGUCAGCCCAAGCACGACAAACCCCUGGUCCAGCGGCCCAGAAGAACAUGGAUAUCGGAAAGCUGUCCCGGGGCCAGCGCUGGCGGCAGAAGCGACAAGCGUGACGUCCGAAUCCACAAGAACAAUAACAACAACAACAGGCACGACGGGAGCAGAGAUGACGGCGGGAAGGGGGAUGAUGACGGGAAUGGAGACGCAUCUCUACCCAUACGCAAGCACCUGUCGCAGCAGCAGACAGGGGCGGCUGCAGGAAAAGCGGAAAGCCGAGCAAGGCAGCUCAAGGAACAGAGUGCGCAUAUCUUGUUGCAUUUGCAGAACUUGACCCAUGUGAGGGCGCAACUCGGAGGCAGACGGCGGGAGGGCGGUGCCAGGCUCGACGCGACAGGAAGACAGGUGUUUCUGGACUGGUAUCGCCGGCAACCUCAUGCAAAGUCGCGACAUAACAAGAUUGGCGAGGAGGAGGAGGAGGAGGAGGAGGAGAUGGAGCAGCAGGGUCAGCGGCAGGGGUGA